AUCGCGGCGUGCCCUUGCUGCAGUUUAAAGCAGAUCCGGAGACCCCGUGCAUUUGCCAACGCCCGGUGGAGACGGUCGGUUUUCGGGGGAGGGGAUCUGUGUAAUACAUUGGAUCCAGUGUGAAAGUGGAGAAUAGUGACCAACAACUAUGCAGACUAUUAAAUGUGUUGUAGUUGGUGAUGGUGCUGUUGGUAAAACAUGUCUCUUGAUUUCCUAUACUACAAACAAAUUUCCAUCAGAAUAUGUUCCUACAGUAUUUGAUAACUAUGCUGUAACAGUUAUGAUUGGAGGUGAACCAUAUACCUUAGGACUGUUUGACACUGCAGGUCAGGAAGACUAUGACCGAUUACGACCACUGAGUUAUCCACAGACUGACGUAUUCCUCGUGUGCUUUUCUGUUGUGUCACCAUCUUCUUUUGAAAACGUUAAAGAAAAGUGGGUACCUGAGAUAACUCACCACUGUCCAAAGACUCCAUUCCUGCUGGUUGGGACUCAGAUUGAUCUAAGAGAUGACUCCUCAACCAUCGAAAAGCUUGCCAAGAACAAACAGAAGCCCAUUAUCCUGGAUAAUGCUGAAAAACUGGCCAAGGAUCUGAAAGCAGUCAAAUAUGUGGAGUGCUCUGCUCUGACACAAAAAGGACUAAAGAAUGUAUUUGACGAAGCGAUAUUGGCAGCCCUGGAGCCACCAGAACCCAAGAAGAAAAGACGCCCUUGUUCACUGUUAUGAGCAGUGCCUGCAGGCUGACCUAUUGAAGCAUUGUUUAAAAAAAAAAUCAUCUUGCAAUAACACCCUGCACACAACCCCACGUGCGAUGAUGGGAGGAAUAGAAUAGCCAAUGGUGAAUUUCCCCCUUCUAAUGUAACAUUUUAUGUAGUCAAAAUGAAUUUUUGUUCCUGAUUUAUUUUCCACUGGAUACUUAUCCAUAACUAGGUUUUAAUCUGCUGUUCUAAAAUUCCUUACCACGAACAUGAGACUUUGCACAGUAAUUGCUUCUGUUUAACGAUCAACUAAUGGCUUUUUCUAAGAUGUUGCCACACUCCCAAGUGCCACAUCCAACAAUCUAGCAGCAUUGUUCCACCUGGUGUGUUGACACCAAGAUGAGUUAGUCCUUUAUCACAAAGCUAGAUAUUUAAAGUAUCACUGGCCACCAUAUGCCUUGGUGAGCUGAUUUUUAGUAGCAAUAUUUUUUGUCUAAUACGUCAGUUCACUUCAAAUUGUUCCUGCUAAUGCUUUACAUGGAAUUUGUAACUUUGUCCCCCAAGGCAACCCAACUUUUAGAUGGGACAAAAUCUCACUUAUGUAAAGUCUGUGAAACAGCUAGAUUUGCUUUAACUUAGUACAGUCCAAGUGACGGCACAGAUCAGUUUUAGAACCAGCUCGGUACUGGAUCUGAAGUCUGACUAUUUGCCACAUGCUUGAGCUAUUAAAAGGCUGUUGAUGGACUGUUGUACUUGGGAGUGGUGUGGGAGAUACUUGUGCAUAAGUGCAGACUGGAUUCCUGUGGGAAUAAUGCUAAGGAUCCUUGUAGAAUUCAGUGUUAAAAUUUUACCAAAUUGAAUUUCCAUUUGAAGUGUCAUGUUUCAUUGUCCUGUAACUUUUUUUGGUUAAAACAAAAAAGCUUUAUUUCAUGUUGAGUUCUUUGUAUAUGCAUUUUCAAAAUAUUAAACUUGUACCUUUUAAUGGCCUUUA